AUGAGCUCAGGCUCUCCCUCUGGCAGUGGCCGUGCCACUCCCUCGAACAGCUCGCCCUCACCCAUGCGCCGCCACCCUGGUCGCCCUCAGUACAUGACCGUCGGGAACGGUUCGACCUCUGAACACGCCGCUCGCCUUGCUGCCAUGCUCGACACCGACUCUGGCUACGGAGGAAGCAUCGCUGACGGCGCCACUUUCGAUCCUACUUUCGACCAAGAUCCCAUGAAUCACUUGGCCACAGCCCAGGGCGCUAGCUCCGAUAACGAAAGACGCGCCAUCGCCAGUCAUGUCCAUCAACUACAAUACAACCAAAACCGUACUGCAUUGGGCCGUGCCAUCUCCGAGACCGUCGACACCCUCAAGAAGUUGCAAGACAUGAACUCGAAAUGGCCUGCCCAUUACCCAACCGUCCAGCGUCCUGUUGCCACGCCCCGCGUCCAUGCAGAUCCUCGACCUGGCCUUGUCCACACACAAUCUGGCUUUGAUAACCACCACGAACCCGAGCCGUUCACACGUCCCGCCCCUCGCCGCGCUGGUACUACCAUAGGCGCAGAUCUUGUCGAGUCCGAGUCCAGCGCAGCCGCCGCUCGUGCUCCAGCUGCAGAGCCCAGAUUGGUCACUCCACAGCUGUCCCGCCAGUUUUCGGUCCUCAAGAUCGAGUUGAAGAUGGAAGGCGUACACCAGACUGAGUUGGUUCACUCUUUGGAAAAACAAUCAAUAGCCUCGCUUCUUGACGGCCAGAUCAACAACAGUGUGCGACACCUGUUCUCGCUAAGGGAUCGCAUCGAGGACACCUCCAGCAAAGUCUUGAUCACUGGAGAUCUUAAUGCUGGAAAAUCGACCUUCUGUAAUGCUCUUCUGAGACGUAAAGUACUGCCCGAGGACCAACAACCAUGCACCAGCAUCUUCUGUGAGGUUCUGGACUGUCGCGAAAAUGGAGGCAUCGAAGAGGUGCACGCCAUACCGAACGGUGUCGACUACAACCGCCACGAUGAAAGCACAUAUGCCGUCUUCGGCCUGGAGCAGCUGGAGGAUAUUGUGAUCGACAACGAAAAAUGGUCACAGUGUAAGGUAUACAUCAAGGACGUUCGCUCGGUGGAUCAGUCACUUCUCAACAACGGUGUGGUCGACAUUGCUUUGAUCGAUGCUCCUGGAUUGAACAACGAUUCGCUCAAGACUACCGCAGUCUUUGCUCGACAGGAGGAGAUUGACGUGGUUGUCUUUGUUGUUUCCGCUGCUAACCACUUCACGCUCUCGGCCAAGGAAUUCAUCUUCAACGCCGCUCGCGAAAAGGCAUAUAUGUUUAUGGUCGUCAAUGGUUACGAUAACAUUCGCGACAAGAAGAGAUGUCAGGAGAUGAUUCUGAAGCAAGUCAACCACCUCAGUCCGGCCACUUUCAAGGAAUCUUCCGAGCUCGUACAUUUCGUAUCGAGUAACGCAAUCCCCGUCGCACCUGCUGGCGGUCCAGAUGGCCCUGGUGGCUCUGGAAGCGGCUCCGGCUCAAGCAGCGGCGGCCCUAGUGGUGAUCCUAGUCAUGACGACGAGCCCUCGGACAAAAAAGACAAGGGCAAGGGCAAGGAGCAGGAGAAGAUCGACGACUUCAACGAGCUUGAGGCAUCUUUGCGCCGCUUCGUAUUGGAAAAAAGAGCACGUUCCAAGCUUGCCCCUGCAAAGACCUACCUUCUCAACGUGCUCGGCGAUCUCGGAAGCCUUGCUGGCGUGAACAAGGAGGUUGCUCAGAAUGAGCUCGACCGUGUGACCAAGGAGCUCAAGGAGCUCGAGCCAGUAUACGAGAAGUCCAAGAAGGCACGGUCGGAGGCUGGAGAAGGUGUUGAUUUCACCAUCGACGAGACUGCAUCAGACAUUUACAAGGCAUCUCGUGACACCAUCAACAACACAAUCGCUCGUGUCGGAGAGCAAAACCUAGGCGUCGAAUACCCUGGUCUGUUCAGCGUCUAUCAGUACGCAGAUGAGCUGAAGACAGCCAUGCUAGAGCAGAUUACGCAGUCAGUCCACGACUGCGAGGAAGCCGCCAGAGACCACACGGCGAAGGGAGUUAGUGGUAUCAAGAACCUUGGAGUCCUGCACCUCGGCGAUGAUUACGAAGACCUUACCUUCAAAUCUGAAUUCAUGUUCCGCUCACGCAGGGAUGCUCUGACACGACAAGUCGAUGUUGAUGUUGAGGUUUCAGACUUUUUUGACCUGACAAGCCUGUGGGAGCGACAAGAAAAGGUCGCAGGAGCCAGUAUGGCCGUCACGAUCGCUGGUGUUGUUGGUGGCCGUAUGUUCGGUGGUGUUGGUUGGGUCGACGGUGCACUCGGUGCUGCAAAGGUCCUCGGACCCAACAACCUGCGCAGACUGAUGAUUCCUGGUAUCGUCCUCGCAGUCGCUCUUGGUGCUUCAUACGCUUUGAGCUCGAUCCCUCACUCGCUACCAAGACGACUCUCACAGAAGCUCUCAGCUCAGCUUGCAGAGCUAGAUUAUACACACGCCAACGCUACGCGAAUCUCGUCCGAGGUCAGAAGAGCACUCAAGUUCCCUGCCGACAAGCUUCGUGAGGGCCUCCAGCGAAGCGUUGAGCAGCUGCUCGACGAGCGCAAGGAGAAGAUCAAGCUCCAGAGCGAAAGUGAGGUCGCGAAGAAAUACUUCAGCAACCUCGUCCGAGAAAGCGGCGACAUUCGAAGCAGAGUGAUGCGGGUCGACCUCGAAGGACCUACACCUGGCCAUCUCGGCGGACAUGGCGUCUAG